AAGAAAAGGGUGAAUAUCGAUCCUUUAUCGCCAGGAAUACAUGUAAAAUAGCAAUGAAAAGGGAAGAAAUAUAACUCCAUUGCGCACACCGUACCUACCGACCAAGAUAUAUUUCUUUUCCGAACUAAAUACUGCCAUUUUUUAACAUCUCAUAUAAUGAAAUACACUGCUAUAUUCAUUGCCGUUGCAUUGUCUGCUAUGGCGGUCAAAGGAGAUGGCAAUCGUAACAAAGAGAAGGCUAUUCAAUCGCUCAAAUUGAACCAUAAUAUCGACUGCUAUACUCUGACGACCUAUUUUCCCAACUGUAACUUUUCCUCGGAAUACCACUCUGUCGUACACAAUAUGAAUGGCAGGCUGCCAACUGAAAUUGGAAAGAUGAAUAUGAACGACAUAUACAGUCUGAAAAUUGCUUCUUUCUGUCUUGGAGUUCUCUUGACCAUGCUUGCAGUCAGUAUCCGAUUCUCAUUGUCGCACGAUGAAAUUGAAGCACUGAUCCAUGGUGAAAAGUGACUUGGCCAAUCGCAUGCAACCAC